AGCCAUUUGGGCUCAAGCCACUUCUGGAUCAAGCCGUCGUUGCCCAAGCUUCCAUCAGCCCCCAAAUUGUCACGUUCCUCCCGCUGCACGGCGCGAUGCCUGGCUUGGUGUCCUGUGCCUGCGGCUUGUUUGGCGUGGCUGCGGCACUCGGGGCCGUCAAGCUGGCUGGGUUCGUGCGCCGCAUCCAGGGCUACAAGAGCACCGCCAAGAGUGGUGCUCUUGCGGCGCCCUCGGGCUUCGCCAUCGAGGGCGCAGCAGCUGCAAGAGCCAAGGAGCUCCGGUGGUUUGUGAUCGAUGACCAGGUCAUGGGCGGCAAGUCGCAGUCCGCACUCACAAUGACAGAUGCUGGAAUCAUCGAGUUCGCUGGCACGAUCAAUUCGACCGGCGGAGGAUUCUCAAAUUGCCGGACAUUGGGGGACGAGGAGCCGCUUGGCUUCCCAGCCGGUGCGCGCUCAGUUGAGGUGACAGCGGUCGGGGACGGAAGGCAGUACAUGUUGACCUUGCACACCGCGGACUCCUGGGCCAUGUCAGUUCCGUCGUGGGCGCAUGCCUUCAGCACCGCGCCCUCAGGCCGAGAGCAAACCCACAGACUGAAGCUGAAGGACUUCGUGCCGAGAAAGCAAGGGCAGGUGGUGAAGGGGAUUGAGCUGGACCCCACCAGUGUGACGGGCGUUGGCCUCAGCCGCACUCGCUUCGGGCUCAACGGCAAGCCCAUCAAAGAUUUCGAGGACGGGCCGUUCAAGGUGUCCCUCAAAAGGUUGGCGGUCGCAUAGUGAGCGUCAGCUGGAGCACAGUUUUCUGUCCGAGGCAAGCCCCUUUGACAUGCCGGCUCCGCAUGCGAGUUUCUCGGCAAUUGCGCAGGAAGACAAAAACACGCUUGGAGAGCAGUUGUUCUGGUUUUCUGUGUAGUGUGUAAAUUUGUCGCGCAUCGGGUAUACAGGAACUGCCCAACCGUGAAUAGGAAGGCCGUUUCAGCCAGCUUCCUGGGGUCUGAUCAGAGUCUGAUCUUGGGCAAGGGGUGCGAAUCAGGCUGGUCAGGCUUAAGCGGUUCAGUCCAUGAGACCCAUGUCUAGCCAGAGCCAUGUCAGCAUGCGAUUUGAUCUGGCAGUUCUUCCAGAAAGUAAGUCGGGCAAACAUGGGUCGGCCAGUGAAACAUCAUGGCACGCGUCUAUGCGCACUGCCGCUCCUAGCCCACGCAGUGGCGCCAGCUGGUGCGCCCACCGCGGCCGGCCGAGGCGUUGCGCGGCGUAUCCCGGUCUGCUCCACGGGUGGCAGCCUCGUUCUGCGCUGUUGCUGUUGCCGCUGCCGUCACGGCAGGCGCUCCUGCGCUGCUGCUGCCGUCGGGGCUGUCCGACCUCGGCGCGUCGACGUGCGCACUGCGUGAGCUUCGCGCGGUGGCUGCGGUUGGUAUGGCGGUGGUGCGUCCUGA